CUGCGUGCUAAGAAAGCGAUCGGUCGGCAGCACGCCCUGCUAAGCGAGAGGACGAUUUUCAACCUUCCUGGCGGCGGCGAUUGGUUGGCAAUGGCAUCCCUCUCCGACGGCCUAGCGGUCAGCCUCCUCCCACCAGAAAUCAACCUUCCUCUCCGCUUGCCUCGCUCUCCACGGUUUCGCCAAGCCGCUGCCACCGUGCUCGGUCCGUUGGAUCCGCAGGAGCAAAGGGAUGAAGAUGAAGAGCAUCAGCAGACGGUGGCGGUGAAGAAGGUUGUAGAGAAUAAGUUGGUGGAGGUGAAGGAAGAGAUAAUUUUGGAGAAUGAGGAUCGGCAGCCAGCUUUCGUGGAGGUCCAAAAGAAGAAGAAGAAGGCCAACAGGGAAAUGGUCAAGGAGAUGAAGGCAUGAAGCAGCCCAGUAGCAUGGACAAAGUUUGGAAGAAAUCAGGCAUCUGCUUGGAAUCCGUACAGAAGAAGAAACCUGCUUGGAAGAAGCCCUGUCUUUCACUAUUUGUGUACCCAUUUGCUGGAGCUUGCAAAAAUAAGAAGUGACAUUUGUGUUCCGAACACAAAUCUUGCUCAUUCACAUGCAUAGGAUCUAAUGUACCAUUAACCAGUAUCAUCCUAUAGACUUCACACAUAAAGCAAUGUCUUUCAAUGUUUGUGUACAAUGUAUAUCCUUAUAUACAAUUCAAUGUACAUCUCGCACACUAGGCCAUGCAUUCC